AUGUCGCCUUUUGCGACUUUUCUGAUCGUUGGACCGACAUGCUUCUUCUUGGGAGUCCUCUUCGCAUCAUUCCCAUAUGACUACAACAUCCUCUGGACUACACCCCCGGCACUCGUUCCCGGUGUGGACCCGCGUGAACCCUACUACCAAAUGCUGGAGGACCACCUCAAGUUCAUCCACGCGUCCCCACCUUUGAUCUCGCGCAUCCUCCACAUUGUCAUCGGCACCGGUCUCUUGGGCUUCAUUACCAAGCUCUACAGACCGUCUGAAGCCAACCUCCUCUUCGAUGGUGCCAGUCUUGUGCUAUACAUGUGUGGUGUUACUGUCUACAUUGCCAACAUUGUCAAGGGCAUGCGCGUCGUCACUGGAGGUAUCUACGGCAACCCUGCUCUUGCCGAGGGACAGGUCGAUGAGUCUGGUGAUUACCUGGGAAGAGAGGAUUCGCUCAAGGUCUUGGCUGCCAGCGACACCAUCUUGGCUCUGUUGCUCGUUGGUGUUCUAAUUUUGCAGGCGGGCCAAUGGUACGCCAACAAGAAGGAGGCCGACGAGAUUGAAGAGAUGGACAAGAAGCAUGAUGAGAAGAAGGCUCUGCAGAAGGAGCACAAGGAGAAGAAGAAGCAAUAA